ACCUGACUAAAACUUUGUCUGAACAAGAUAAUUCUUGGGUGCGGGAGGAUGCACGUCUGUUUCUGCGAAUCCAGAAUUCUAUUAGUAAUAGUAUUGUUGGGUUGAUUAGUCAUUGUGCCUCCGUUAAGGAUUUGAUGGAUUAUUUGGAGUACUUGUACUAUGGGAAAGGGAAUAUCACUUGUAUUUAUGAUGUUUACAAGUCUUUUUACUGUGCAGAGAAAUUUUUUUUGUUUCUCGCUGCCUAUUUUAUAGAAUUUAAGAAAACAUAUGAGACACUUAAUAAUCUUAUGCCAUUCAUUGCGGACAUUAAGGAGCAACAAAAGCAAUGUGAACAAUUCGCUGUUAUGAGUUUUUUGGCAGGUCUCCCUUCUAAGUUUGACAUAGCUAGGUUAACUAUUCUUAGUAACUCUGAAAUUCCUACUUUGGCUGAUGUCCUCCCACAACUGAUUUGAUCGGAGCAAUCGCAACCAAGUAUGCAUGAAGUAACCAUCUCAUCAAGUAGUGCUCUCGUUGGUUGUCAUCCACACAAUGGGAAUGCUAGAAACUCUCAGGGGCACACUUCUAGCAGUAUUGUGUGUCAUUAUUGCCAUAAGCCUGGGUACAUGAAGAUGGAAUAUAGGAAGUGGUUGAGGAAUCGAGGAAAUUCAUCUGCCAAUGUUGCAUCUACACUUGAGGCAUUUUCCAAGUCGAUCAUGGUCUCUACUGAUGAGUUUGCCAAGUUCUCCCAGUACCAAGAAUCUCUAAAACAUUCAUCCUCUUCGGUCACUUCUAUUGUUGACUCAGGUAACACAACCACAUAUCUUCUUUCAUCCUCAUCCAAAUGGGUCAUAGACUCGGGUGCCACACAUCAUAUGAUUGGAUCUUAUGACGAAGAGGGUUAUUGGUAUGAGGCAUAGGUCUAGGGG